GAUCUGCAUUCUGAGCCUGUUUUGGACGUUGUCGAAAUGUCACUGAAGAUAUUUGAACUUUGUGUCGAUGGAAUCGUUGUCCCGGUGGGUGUGAAGCAUGUGGAGAGUUUGGGAAGGUUGCUGAACCGCAUCAUUGCGGUGGAAGAGAAGUUGGAGGAUCCGCUGUUGAGGAAGCAAGCGGAGCUGAUAACGUUGUCGCUCCUUCGAACUCUUAUCAGCAUCUCGAAUGGUCCUGCUGUUUGUGAUGCCAUGGUGAUGACCUGUAUCGUUUCUAACCUGUUGCGGUUCGUUUGUGUGCCUGGGAUACUGUCAGAUGGUAUCAAGUACGAGGACGGUACUACUGAGGAUGCAAAAUAUGAUAAACUCCUGUUCGGUCUUGGUUUGAUGAACAGGUUAGCGGAGGAGAGUGCCGUUCUGAAGGAUAAGAUUGGACAAGCUGAUGGAUUCACCUUUGCUGGUCGAAGUGGUCUUGAAGGUCUUGCCGAUCAGUUCAAGGAUAUGCACGCAGUGUUUGAUGGCAAAGGAAAUCUCGGAGAGUUCGAAGUCGAGCAUGUUCAUGCGUACGGAUAUCUCGCGACGCUCUUGGCGCACCUCGUCCAAAAAAGUCAAGAAACAUUGCAUGCUGGCAACCUCGCCAUCCUACGUCACCUCCUGCCCGGAAAUGAUUUGCGUGCUAUUACAUCAGCCCUGACCAUGUUCACCGGUGUUCUCACGAAUGAGGAACAACGGAAUCAGAGUUUACUUGCGAAUAUUGGACAUAUAUGUGCUGUUUUGAAGGCGUUGGACAAAUAGGUUAUCAUCGGUUAUGGCGUUUCAGC